AUGAACAUGAGACUGAUAAAAGGAAGCUACAAGUCAAGGGAUACGAAGAGGAGAUCACCAAAUUUUGGAUCAUGGAAAGGUGCAAUCUCAGCGGCUUCGUUAGCACCAGGACCUUCUGCUGAUCCCUCUGAUUACCUCGUCUUGGCAGCUCACAGAACCAAGAGACCCGACAUCUCAGGGCCUUUAAGCCUUACCUUGGUGGCUGGAACAUCACCAACAAUCACUACUGGGCAGUUUGUCUCCUCCUGUGCUCCUAGUUUCAUUCUAGCUGCCGUCUGGAUCUUGUCUUUUGGCUCUCUUCUCGUUGUAUACCACUGCUUCAAAUGGAGAGUAUCCGAGAAAGGUAAGGAGGGAUCAUCAUACAACUCAAGAAGAAUCUGUCUCAUAUUGCUGAUAGUCUUGACCUCUGCUACUGCGUAA